AUGUUCAGAAGAGUCACACAAAGAACAUUCACCAGAUUCAACAGUCACGGACCAGUUUCCAAGUUGAUCAAUGAAACUGCUUUCCCUGCUGCUAAGGUAGACAAGGUUGCUGGUGAAGAAUUCAUUAAGAAUGCCAGUGAAAAGGCUGCUCACUCUGAAGGUAUCACCAACUUGUGGAAGAAGAUUACUUAUUUCGUUGCUUUCCCAGUUAUUGCUUUGACUGCUCUUCCAAUUGCUAACGUUGAAAUGAAGCAUGCUAAGCACCGUGAACACCAAAAACAUUUGAGUGAUGAGGAAUGGCCAACUCAAUACGAUUACAUGAACCUCAGAUCCAGAAAGUUCUUCUGGGGUGAUGGUGACAAGACUUUGUUCUGGAACUCUGAUGUUAACAGAAACAUUGAAGCUUAA